GCCCCAUUCUCUCCCGGGACUCCUAAAGAAACAAAACCGGACGUGAAUUUGCUCUUCCUUUUAUCAAACAUGUACCCCAUGCACACUAAGAGUUUAGAGGAGCGCUGCCAGCGGAUCCUUCAGGACAUGGAGGGCUCUCUCACAGCCAGGGACCGGGUGGGCAUUCAGGACUUUGUGCUGUUGGACGCUUACACCAGUGAGACUGCAUUCAUAGACAACCUCAGAAAACGCUUCAAUGAGAACCUUAUAUAUACCUACAUCGGAACCCUGUUGGUAUCAGUAAAUCCAUAUAAGGAGCUGGGUAUUUAUACCAAGAAACAAAUGGACAUUUACAUGGGUGUCAACUUUUUUGAGCUGCCUCCUCAUAUAUUUGCGCUUGCAGACAAUGUUUAUCGGACCAUGAUAAGUGAAACAAACAACCACUUCAUCCUCAUCUCGGGUGAAAGUGGUGCUGGUAAAACCGAGGCCUCUAAGAAAGUUCUUCAGUUCUAUGCGGGGAGCUGUCCCAGCACUAGACUGCUGGAAGGUGUGAGAGAUCGACUCCUGCUUUCCAAUCCAGUGCUUGAGGCAUUCGGUAAUUCCAAAACUCUGAAAAAUGACAACUCAAGUCGUUUUGGAAAAUAUAUGGACAUACAGUUUGACCAUCAGGGAGCAGCAGUUGGCGGCCACAUCUUAAGCUAUUUACUUGAGAAGUCAAGAGUCGUCCACCAAAAUCAUGGCGAGAGGAACUUCCACAUCUUCUAUCAGUUGGUUGAGGGAGGGGAGGAUGAGCUUCUUCGCUGGCUUGGCUUGGAACGAAAUUGUCAAAACUACCGUUAUCUUAUUCAGGGGGAAUGUGCCAAAGUGAGCUCCAUCAAUGACAAGAGUGACUGGAAAACUUUACAGAAAGCUCUUACCAUCAUUGAGUUCAGUGAAAAGGAUAUAGAGCAUCUGUUUGCAAUCAUUGCCAGUGUCCUUCAUCUUGGCAAUGUCCCCUUUAUGGCCAAUGCUAUGAGUUAUGCCACAAUAAACAGCAGUGUAGAAAUACACUGGCUCUCAAAGCUAUUAGGCAUUCCUUCCAACAUGUUACUGGAGGGUUUAACUCACAGAAAGAUUGAAGCCAAAGCAGAGGAGGUUUUAAGCCCUUUCACAGUUGAACAUGCAAAAUAUGCCAGGAAUGCACUAGCCAAAGCCAUCUAUGGUCGGACAUUCUCAUGGCUUGUUAACAAGAUUAAUGAAUCAUUAGUAAACAAGGACUCAACCAGAAAGACUGUGAUUGGACUGCUUGACAUCUAUGGAUUUGAAGUUUUCGAUGUAAACAGUUUUGAACAGUUUUGCAUAAACUACUGCAAUGAAAAACUUCAGCAGCUUUUUAUCGAGCUCACCCUCAAAUCAGAGCAGGAGGAAUAUGAGAUGGAGGGAAUCGAGUGGGAGGCAGUGCCAUACUUCAACAAUAAGAUCAUCUGUGACCUUGUGGAGGAAAAGCAUAGAGGCAUCAUAUCAGUCCUGGAUGAAGAAUGCCUGCGUCCUGGAGAGGCCACAGAUUUUACAUUCCUGGAGAAGCUGGAGGGGAAGAUGUCUGGUCAUCCUCAUUUUGUAACACACAAAUUGGCUGACCAGAAAACACGCAAGACCCUGGGGCGAGGGGAUUUUCGUCUAUUGCACUAUGCUGGAGAAGUUACUUAUUCAGUUGUUGGAUUUCUUGACAAAAAUAAUGAUCUUCUGUAUAGAAACAUUAAAGAGGUUAUGCGACAGUCUAAGAACAUUAUAAUCCAGCAUUGCUUCCCGGCUAUAGAACCUGAUGGCAAGAAAAGACCUGAGACGGUGUCCACCCAGUUUAAGACCAGCCUUACAGGCCUCACUGAAAUUCUCAUGUCUAAAGAGCCAUGGUACAUACGGUGUCUGAAACCCAACCACCGCAAGCAGCCAGGUCUCUUCGAUGAUGUCAUGGUGAGACAUCAGGUCAAGUACCUGGGGUUAAUGGAGCACCUGAGAGUAAGACGUGCUGGAUUUGCUUAUAGGAGAAGAUACGAAGUGUUCCUGAAAAGAUAUAAGGCUCUUUGUCCAGACACAUGGCCACACUGGAAGGGGACACCAGCAGGAGGAGUGCAGCUACUUAUCAAGCAUCUUGGCUACAAACCAGACGAGUACAAGAUGGGAAGAACCAAAAUCUUCAUUCGCCAUCCCAGGACUCUUUUUGCCACUGAAGAUGCAUUUGAGGUCUGCAAGCAUGAACUGGCCACAAGGAUUCAGGCAAAAUACAAAGGUUACAAGGGGAGAGAAGAGUAUCAGAGGCAAAGAGAAGCAGCUACCAAGAUUGAGACGUGUUGGCGGAGCCUGCAGGCCAGAAAAGAGAGGGAAAGAAGAUCCUGGGCUGUCAAAGUCAUCAAGAAGUUUAUUAAGGGCUUCAUGAACAGGAAUCAGCCUGUCAGCAUGGACAACUCUGAAUAUCUGGCCUUUGUCCGACAGAGCUACCUCACUCGACUCAAAGAGAAUCUGCCAAAAUCAGUAUUAGACAAAAGCACCUGGCUGACUCCUGCACCCAUAAUGCAAGAGGCCUCUGUGCAUUUGCAUAAGCUACACACACGUCUCCUUGUGCGGAAGUAUGUUCGAGGGAUCACAGCACAGCGAAAGACGCAGCUGCAAAUUAAAGCACUGACCAGUGACUUAUUCAAAGGCAAAAAAGAAAGCUACCCUCUGAGCGUAUGCCAACCCUUUGCUGACACAAGGAUAAGUGAACAGGACAUAACCAUUAAAGUCUUACAGAUGAUGUGUCCAGAAGGCAUUAAGUACAGUGUUCCAGUGAUUAAGUAUGACAGGAAUGGCUUUCGGCCACGUUUCAGACAGCUGAUCUUCACUCAGGCGGCUGCGUAUCUGGUUGAGGAUGCCAAAGUCAAACAGAGGGUGAAUUACAGCUCACUAAAAGGGGUGUCUGUCAGUAAUUUAAGUGACAACUUCCUGAUUCUCCAUGUUGCAUGUGAAGACACAAAGCAAAAAGGGGACCUGGUCUUGCAGUGCAACUAUCUAUUUGAGGCAUUGACAAAAAUGUGUGUCGUGACAAAAAACAACAGCCUUGUUAAAGUUGUCCAAGGAAGCGUGAGGUUUGAUAUCCAGCCUGGUAAAGAGGGGUUUGUUGAUUUCAAGAGCAGCAGUGAAUUCAUGGUCUACAGAGCCAAGAAUGGACACUUGAUGGUGGAAUCUGCAGGGACAAAAUCACGAUGACAUUUUAAUUGCUUUCUUAAUGUUUACUGAUACCCCAAGAUAAACCUACACUAUAGAGUAUUAACAUUUGAAUCCCCACUCCAAGUCAUCAAAUAACAUAAAUAUCACUGUAAGUUUUCCCUUUGAGGAGAAAAGGAAAACAGCAUGGGAUAUUACAUUAGUGUUUUUUAAUUUGUAUAAUGUCUUCAUUAUACGCAAGGUUUACUGUGUAUUUUAAGCAUAUACUGCGCAUUGUGUUUUUAUGUCAUGUUUUUUUUUUAUUAAAAUCCAUCAUCUUAUGAUCAAUUACUAUAAAUAGUAUCAUAUACAUGAGUUUAGAUUGUCUUGCUUGCUCUUUGUGCAAAUCAUAAAUAUAUAUUUUACUGAAAGAAAAUACCCUCCCAAUAAAAUGUUGUAUUUGUUCA